AUGUCCAAUAGUCUUCGUGUGGCGGUUCUCGGCCCCAAAGGCCAAUGUGGACAAUGUGUCGUCGAUGAGUUAUUAUCCAGAGGACAUCAUGUCGUGGGAAUAUCCCGCUCGCCUCCCAAAGUCUGGCCGAAAGCGACACCAGAACAGUUCAGCUCGAUUGCAUGUGACUUCAGUGAUAUCAAGAGUCUCAGCAGCAUUCUUUCUGACGGCGGCUUUAAUGCGGUAAUCUCUGCAUUCGGGCCCCCCCUGACUGAUAUGAAAGAUGUCUACCGGCUUGGAGUGGAAGGUCAUGGUAAUAUCAAAAUGGCUGUGAUCAGAUCGACUUAUCGCGGUCCAUUCAUUAUCAUUGGUGGCGCGGGCUCCCUGUAUUACAAGAAUGGGGUGCAGCUCUGCGAUGAUAAGGAUUUUGCAUUCCAACAUUGGUAUCCCUGGCCUGACGCCCAUCUGGAUUACAUGUCCGCUCGGAUGAUUGACCGUAACCAGCGGGGGCUGGGAAUCUUCAUCAAACUUUUCAAGUGGGCGAGAAACAAUCGCGAGCAACCAAACUGGUUCCCUUGGCUGCUCAGACCGUUUGCAAAUGUUAUCAUGCACAGUGCGAAGAAAACCUUGACCGAUCCGGUCAUGAUUGGGCUGAUCUAUUGCUCUCGAGCGGCACUCAACAUGUGGGAAGGCGUUCGCGAUAUUAAAUGGAGCUUUCUCUCGCCACCCUGGCAACUGCGCGACAAGGGAAUCCGAACCGGGAAGUACGAAGUGUAUGUGGACAACUACGCCGGCUCUGCUGAGCCCGCCAUUCACAAUGGUAUCUAUAAUGAGGACCUAGCUGUUGCCAUAGUGGAUGAAGUUGAGAAUAACCAGUUACAUUAUAAACAUUGGACUUGUACGGGACCAAUCGGAUUGAAGGCAUGGUAG